CAAAUCAUCAAAUUAAUGUGGGACCACAACGGAAAAUCGUAGAGCAAACACACAAUAGAGAAAACAACUUUCAAUUAAAAACAUAUUUUAUCAAGUGUUAUUCCUUUAUUGCAUUCUUGACCUAAACAAUACUAGUUUGUCAGUGUCUAGACUGGAUAAGAACGAAGCACUUAUGAUAAAACUAUCAAUUUGAAUAUAUUUUAUCAAGUUUUUUUUAGGAGGCACACCGAACUUCAAAAGCAACCUGUUCACUGUCUACAUAUUGGAUUAUUACCACCGUUCUAUAGCGCUUUCUUAGUUAAACAUCUAAACUCUGGAGUGUGAACAGCGUUCUGUAGACCUGGCCUAACAUGGCCGCCUACCUCAGCUGGCCGGACAAGCAAAUGAAGUUGUUCGCGACCCGAGCCUCCUACCAGCCCGAGUUCUACCUGUACUUCGGCCACAAUCAGCCCCUGCAGCCGCAGAUAGACUACGCCGACGACGACAGCGUGAAGCUGGACCGCCUCCGCCGACAGGAGUACGGGAACCUUGGGAGGAAAGGCCGGCGGUUGGAACGCGGUGACAGCAGGGACACGCUGGGUCUCGGCUCCUUGAGAACAGGUCGCAACAAGAUCAGCACGGGUUGUCACCAAUUCCUGAAAUAUGCAAACCUGCUGUUCUCAUUCAUAGUAUUUCUGGCGGGCGGUGGCCUUCUGGGUCUGGGUAUUUACAUCCUGGGCUCCGACUAUGGCGCCAAGCAGGUGUCGGAAGUGCUCGGCACGGAGUUGUACCUUAUAGCGGCGUACGCGCUCAUCGCCACCGGCGGCGUUCUGCUCGUCAUCUCCAUGUGCGGCUGCUGCGGCGUUCUACGAGAAAGCCGGUGGUUACUGGGAUCUUUCAUAUUCUCUCUGUCCGUGUUGGUGCUUGUGCUGGUAGCGGCGGCCAUCAUCGUCUUCGUCUUCAGAGGCAAGAUGGAAGGUGACGUGAUUCACUCGAUGGAGGUCGUCCUCAUCAAGAAGUACGGCGUGGACCUCGUACAUCACUCUGAUAACCGCGUCAUCACAGACUUCUGGAACUGGCUUCAGCGCGAGCUAAAAUGUUGUGGCGUAACCGGGAACAUCAACAGCACGACGUCUUGGGCUAUUUAUAGACAUUCUGCUUGGUACAAGGGCUUUGAGACUGGCAAACCGUAUGUACCCCAGAGUUGCUGCAACCCGGAUGGGGACAUUAACAUAUGCACGGGGAUCACGGACUACAACGGACUUCCGGCCCACGGCCCGCCCUUCACCGCUACCAUGAACACCAACCCACAUCUCUACAUCCGGGGUUGCUAUGACGAGCUCGUGCAGUACGUCGAGACUCACGCCGUCAUCAUAGGGGUGUCCGCCAUUGCAGGGGUCGUCGUCAUGCUCAUCGGACUUGUUUUCUCAGUGUUCCUUUGUCGUAGAAUCGCCCCAGACACGUUCUACUCCGCCUACUAACAAUCACGCGAAAACCGUCUGUGGAUCGUGACUGAUCGGCAAUCUACGUCAAAUUUCGGAAGCCUUUAGAUUCGACUGUACUAUAUGUGCGGUACUAGACGUACGUCCGAAUUUGCGUAUGAGUAUUUUAAAUUGCAUCUCAAAUAUCGGACAGUUAAGUUUGAAUCGUGUAAUAUGUCGUAGAUAAGAUAGAUUUUUGCGCAUGCUCUGUAUUAUUUUAGGUUUUAUUAAUUAAUUGUAUUUCCUUGUGAUACACAACGUUUUCGUACACACAAAUUUAAAUGUAAUUUUGCAUUAGAAUUAUAAAUUUUAAGUGUAAAUUGAAACUGAAUUAAUGUAGAUUUGACGUAGGCAAUAAAUGAAAAUUGUCUUUUAGUUUUUACGAAAUGUUUGUCCAUACAUUAAGUUGCAUUGGUGUUAACGCCGUAAAAUGUAUUUAUGUGGGCAUUUCUGGAGUGCUCACUGUUUUGAAAUCCACAAAUAAGUUAUUUAUUUCUUCAAUUUUUGUUUCAGGAUAAUUACUUACAUUAAGUUAUUAUAAUUUAUUCUGAGUUAAUCUUCUAGGUGUAAACAUAAAAGCCUGAGCUGUAAGUAUAACGCGUAUAUGCAUAUACGAGCCGCGCUCUGUGAAAAUGGGGUUUAAUGCUCGUGCGUAAAGUGUCGUCCCAGAUUAGCCUGUGAAGUCCGCACAGGCUAAUCAGGGACGACACUUUUCGCAUAAACUAUAUUUUUGCAAAGAUGAGACUUUUAAGCGAAAAAUAUCAUAACAGCGGCAAGUGUCGUCCGUGGUUAACCAGUGCGGAAUCUGGGACGUCACUUUACGCACGUGCAUUAAACGCCAUAUUUAACAGAGCACGGUCCAUAUGCAAUUCAACUCAAAUGUAUAGAACCUUUUUAACUGCUGUGUUGUUUUUGUAAAAACCAGAUUGUCCCUUAAUACAUAAACAAACAUUGUGGUUAGAACGAAUUGAAAUGUUAGAAAUUAAAUGGUGGAAAAGUCAACAAUAUGUACUGCAUUUAUAAUAUGUGUUUCAAGUUGCCUUUGGCAUAUUGCCUUUGGCAUAUUUCCUUUUAUUCGACUCGUACAUGUCGGUAUUUUCAUGUUAUCAAUAUCAUACGUUUCCAUUGUAAACCAUAUACACUGUGGCGAUUGUAAUGUCUCAUGUUUUGUUUCAUGUAAAAAUAAAACUCUAUGAUAACCAAUA